UGGAAUAAAACUCUUGGGGUCGUGCUGUUAUAAGAAACAUAUACGUGACGUCAUGACGUCACUGUUACACAAACGAACCCGUUUGUAGAGAGUGUUUAAUUAGCACCUGGAGUGUGUUAGAGCUGUACUGUUCAUGCGUGUGUGUGUGUGUGUGUGUGUGUGUGUGUCUAUACUGCUACUUAAUAGAUUUUGGAUAUUAAUGAGAGCAUGACUUGCCAUGUCACGUGGAAUUUUCGGCGGCAGACCGGUGACGGAAGCCGCAUUGCAUCACAUCAUCAGUGUCUGGAUCCACACACACACACACACACGAGCGCGCGCGCGCACACGGACACGGACAGUGUGCCGGUGUUUCACCCAUCAGCAGGCUCUCGGUGUCGGUGCACGCGAUGGCGGACGCGCCGCCGUUUGUUUGCUUUCUCUUUGUUUGUUUGUUUAUUUGUUGCUUGUUUGUUGUCAUCGGCUCGCGCGCACUCUGAAUCUUAAUUGUCAUCUUCAUCAUCAGACGCAAGAAAAGAUCCGAAGUUGGACGUCGUGACGCUUUUUUCCGAGAGGUUUUUUAAAAAAAAAAAUUCCACCUCAUCAUGAUUUAGAAGGAUGUCGGAUUUUGAUGAAAUGGAGCUGCGCAGGUGACGACUGGAGCGUUUAAAGAAGAGAAACCAAAUCAGAAAGAAGAUAAAGAGAAGAAUUAAACCUCCAGAGAGAGAGAGAGAGAGAGAGAGAGAGAUGUAUGGACGAUACACUCAGGAGCUCGGCACCUACGCCAAGGAGGAAGCGGCUCGUUUUCGGGCCGCCGGGGUUCGGAACCAAACCCCGGAUCAGCUGGAAUACGAAAAGGAUCCCUGUGCCAAGUGCCAGUUGUGCACUUCACGGUGUCAGAGGUUCCUGAUUUCCCGUGUGGGUGAAGACUGGAUUUUCCUCAUCCUCCUGGGCCUGGUGAUGGCGAUGGUCAGCUGGGUGAUGGACUACACCAUCGCCUUCUGUCAGCAAGCACAGAAGUGGAUGUACGGAGGACUGGACAGUAACAUGCUUCUACAGUACCUGGCCUGGGUCGCAUAUCCUGUGGUCCUCAUCACCUUCUCCGCAGGGUUUACACAAAUUCUUGCACCUCAAGCAGUGGGUUCUGGGAUUCCGGAGAUGAAGACGAUCCUUCGUGGUGUGGUGCUGAAAGAAUACCUGACUUUUAAAACCUUUGUGGCGAAAGUUAUCGGUUUGACCUGUGCCCUCGGUAGCGGCAUGCCACUGGGCAAAGAGGGUCCAUUUGUCCACGUUGCGAGUCUGUGUGCUGCACUUCUCAGCAAAUUCAUGGCCCUGUUUGGAGGAAUCUACAUGCUGAAGGAAGAACCGUUUGAGGGAACCAAGAAUGAGCUGCGGAACACUGAGAUGCUCUCUGCAGCGUGUGCUGUCGGUGUCGGCUGCUGCUUUGCUGCCCCUAUCGGAGGGGUCCUGUUUAGUAUUGAAGUGACGUCUACGUUCUUCGCGGUGAGAAAUUACUGGAGAGGAUUUUUUGCAGCGACGUUCAGCGCCUUCAUCUUCAGAGUGCUGGCUGUGUGGAACAAGGAUGAAGAGACGAUCACGGCUUUGUUUAAAACGCGAUUUCGUCUGGAUUUUCCAUUCGAUCUGCAGGAGCUCCCGGCCUUCGCGGUGCUCGGCAUCGCAAGUGGAUUCGGAGGAGCGCUGUACGUUUACCUGAACCGGCUGAUCGUUGAGUCGAUGAGGAAACAGAAAACCAUCAACAAGUUUCUGCUGAAAAAGCGGUUGGUUUAUCCUGCAGUGGUCACUCUUCUCAUAUCCACUCUGACUUUUCCUCCAGGAUUUGGACAGUUCAUGGCCGGACAGCUCACGCAGCACGAGUCGUUGGUGGCGCUCUUCGACAAUCAGACCUGGUAUAAGCAUGGCGUGUCCGAGGCCUUCGAGUUCUCUGGUCAGCAUCAGGCCUGGAAACACCCGCAGGUCAGCGUCUUCAUCACCCUCCUCCUCUUCAUCGUCAUGAAGUUCUGGAUGUCAGCGGUUGCCACGACGAUGCCAGUGCCGUGCGGCGCCUUCAUGCCCGUGUUCCUGAUAGGUGCUGCAUUCGGUCGCUUGGUGGGGGAGAGCAUGGCGGCCAUGUUUCCUGAAGGCAUUCACAGUGACAGCACGGUAUAUCCCAUUGUCCCCGGGGGCUAUGCUGUUGUAGGUGCUGCGGCACUUUCUGGAGCGGUCACGCACACCGUAUCCACAGCGGUCAUCGUGUUCGAGCUGACCGGUCAGAUCUCUCACAUCCUCCCUGUGAUGAUCGCUGUGAUUCUGGCCAACGCCGUGGCUCAGAGCCUCCAGCCGUCGCUGUACGACUCCAUCAUCAGGAUCCAGAAACUUCCGUACCUGCCGGAACUGGGCUGGGGUCAGGAGAAGUACAACAUCCGAGUGGAGGACAUCAUGGUGCGAGACGUACGGUACAUCACGCUGUCCUCUACGUACCGGGACGUGCAGGAGGCUCUGGUGACGGGGCAGCUGAAGACUCUGGCUCUUGUGGAGUCUAAAGAGUCGAUGAUCCUGCUCGGCUCUAUUGAGCGUUCUCAGCUGCAGUUCUUGCUCUCGGAGCAGCUCGGUCGAGGUCGGAGGUUGGAGUAUCUGAGAGAGAGAGCGCAGGACAAUGGCGCCCAUGUUCCUCCCUCAUUUUCCCAGAAUUCCUCCCCCAAAGCCGGCCGCGGAGUCCGCUUCCUGAUCUCCACAGAGGAAUCUUCGUACAGUUCAACUCUCACCAACUCCCAGAUUCCACUCAAGUCUGCUCUGAAGACCGUGUCGUCGGUCAGCAACACCGACACCCUGAACAGUUCUCCAACUCCUUCCUGUGGAGAAUCAGUGAAGGAGCAGGUGGAGGAAGCUCCUAACAUUGAGGAUGACAUGUCCACAGCAGAGAUGUCUUUACCCCAGAUAGCCGAGUGGGAGGAGCAACAGCUGGAGGAAGCGGUCUGCUUUAACAACUGUAAGAUAGACCCCGCCCCUUUCCAGCUUGUCGAGCGCACGUCUCUGCACAAAACACACACCAUCUUCUCGCUGCUCGGUCUGGAUCACGCUUACGUCACGAGCACCGGGAGACUGGUCGGAGUCGUCUCCUUGAAAGAGCUACGCAAAGCCAUCGAAGGCUCCGUAACGGUCACGGGUGUGAAGGUCCGCCCCCCUCUGGCCAGUUUCCGUGACAGCGGCACCAGCAGCAGCGUUUCUGAGGUAACCGAGCUCCACAAACUCUGGAGUCGCCACAAGAGCCUGUCGUUGCCACGGGAACCUAAAACAGCCACCGAGCUCUGCGACGAGCUGGAGCAUCCGUCCGAGAGCAGCGUGCUGAACGAGACAGACUGCACCGAGGUCUUACACAGCGAGGACCAAUCAGAAGCCUCUGUGGCAGAGGAGACCCAGUCGGAGAUGGAGAACUGUUCCGAAAACCUUUCCGAACCGACCGAAGAAAGCGGCUCGGCUCAAACCGAGGAACUGACAUGCGAGAUCAACCCCUCGCCUGCGGAGGACCAGCCGGAAUGACACCUGCUGUUUGUUAGCGAAUGCACAUGCUAAUGCUAAUGAACUGAACAUACCGCGACACCCACGCACGCCACCCUGCCUUCAGACUAGCAAGCGACGACGCGGCAGCUCUCACUUUCUGUUAUGCUAAUUAGUUAUGACGCAGUGAAUCUAAAUAAUUCCACUCAAAACCUAUAGGUGGUGUCAUACUGGAUCAGUUUCCAAUGGCAACAACGUCGAAAUAAAUUAGCCAAUAAGCUAACAGGCUUCACUGUUGCUAAUAGCAGUAACAGCUAAUUUAUUGACAACUAACAUGACAUUGAGGAUUUAAAAAGCACACGGUUUGUAUUUAGCACUGAUUAGCUGCGUGGUGUAACCACUACCAGUCUGGAAGCAAGAAGGCUAACAUGACAAGCUGUUAGCUGUACAUGCACAAAACGGGUUAGCAUCACCAUGUAAUAUAAACAAUAUUAAAAUAAUUUACACAUAAAACAAACAGGGUAAUAAAAGGUAACAGUGCGAGCAUUUUAUCCAAGCAUCUUGUCGCUUUCCAGUCUGAACGCUGAGUGAAUUCAGGAUGGAGGAGGAGCAUAAACAACGAGGCGUGCUCAACACGCCGAUCCUGCUCACGUCCAUGUGAGAGCCGAAUGUACAGAUGCCAUCGCAUAAACGAGAUUUAGUAGGCAUAUGCUGACGUUAUCGAAUAUUAUCACAACAUCGUCCUGGAGCAGCAGCUGAUCGACAGAAUGAUGGUUCGUUUCCUUUCAGCUGUCCUCGAGCUGCUCUCUGAUUGGACGUGCUUUAUUUCAGGAGCACAGACGCUGGGUGAAAAAAAGAGAGAGCCUACCCAGAUGGGGUGCCAAUAUUUUUAAGCAGCUACGAUGACAAAUAUUGUGAUAGAUCGUACUGUGUUUUAUCCAUGCAUGGCUGUGUGUGUGUGUGUGUGUGUGUCAGAAAGAAUUACGGAUUAUGAAAGGAGGAACAGUGUGUGUGUGCGUGUGUGUCUUUGCAUAACUGAAGUGUGUGACUCAGCUGCACACCGAACCCACGUCCCCCAUCUGGAGCCGACACUUUUCAUCUGUCUCCGAGAGCUAAGCUACAAUUUGGCUCUAAAUUUAGCCACUUAAUCGCCACAGUGACGAUCAGAGAGAAGAAAAGGCACAACAGAACGGACGGAGAGACAAAGGAUGGCGAGAAGAACGGCAUGAAGAGGAAGAUGAGAGAAGGAAUGAAAGAGAAAGAAAGAGCGGACGAGGCCGAAGGGCAGAAACGUUUCAGCACACUGUGAUUAGUGUUUGGUUCACGAUACACACGCUAGCUGAAAUCAAGCAGUUUAAUGACGCAUGGUUAACACACACACACACACACAUUAGAAACAUGAUGAUGUGUUAUAAAGGACCCUUCACACACAGGGCCCAGUCCAUCCAGAUCUUAGGAAUCGAGUACAAGUUCAUUUCUCACUGUUACCAUGGCAACUGCAUCAUCAUCACAUCACACACAGACUAGCACUGUUUCUCCAUACGAUCACUGUUCCUCUGUCUGAUCACUGUUCCUCUGUCUGAUCACUGUUCCUCUGUCUGAUCACUGUUCCUCCAUCUGAUCACUGUUCUUCCAUCUGAUCACUGUUCCUCUGUCUGAUCACUGUUCCUCUGUCUGAUCACUGUUCCUCUGUCUGAUCACUGUUCCUCCAUCUGAUCACUGUUCCUCUGUCUGAUCACUGUUCCUCUGUCUGAUCACUGUUCCUCUGUCUGAUCACUGUUCCUCCAUCUGAUCACUGUUCCUCCAUCUGAUCACUGUUCCUCUGUCUGAUCACUGUUCCUCUGUCUGAUCACUGUUCCUCUGUCUGAUCACUGUUCCUCCAUCUGAUCACUGUUCUUCCAUCUGAUCACUGUUCCUCCAUCUGAUCACUGUUCUUCCAUCUGAUCACUGUUCCUCUGUCUGAUCACUGUUCCUCUGUCUGAUCACUGUUCCUCUGUCUGAUCACUGUUCUUCCAUCUGAUCACUGUUCCUCUGUCUGAUCACUGUUCCUCUAUCUGAUCACUGUUCCUCCAUCUGAUCACUGUUCCUCUGUCUGAUCACUGUUCCUCUGUCUGAUCACUGUUCCUCUGUCUGAUCACUGUUCCUCCAUCUGAUCACUGUUCUUCCAUCUGAUCACUGUUCCUCCAUCUGAUCACUGUUCUUCCAUCUGAUCACUGUUCCUCUGUCUGAUCACUGUUCCUCUGUCUGAUCACUGUUCCUCUGUCUGAUCACUGUUCCUCUGUCUGAUCACUGUUCCUCUGUCUGAUCACUGUUCCUCUAUCUGAUCACUGUUCCUCCAUCUGAUCGGAUCAGGCCUCUGGUUGUCCAGCUCAGAUCAGCAGAAAAAUAUCCUGAUUUUAUUUCAUCUGCGAUCUUUCAACAACAAUGUCUUCGCCUCAAAUCCACACCGUAACACAAUAAAUAACUAUUCGAUCACCACCUGACGAGGUUAGCUAGUUUAGCAAGGUUAGCCAGGUUAGCAAGCUAGUUCUGCUCUUCUGUGGGGUUUAGCACACAGAUUAAAAAACAAACAAAACCUUCAGUUUAACUAGCAAACAGUAAACUACUGUAACUUAUGCUAACUAGCAAAGUACGCUGUAGAAACUAACAACACGAUACGAUACAACAAUAAAUUAAAACAACACUGUAAGAUUAUCUGUAACGUCUCGUCAGAUGUAGGAGUGUUAGAAUCCAUUCGCAGAUAUAAUAAAGGGCCGAAGGCUAAAAUCUUAGUCGAGGAUACGAAGAAACAGGGUCAAAACCAGAAAGCAACGUAGAAUAUCAAAACCAAAACACAAAUCCAGAAAUCAAAGUCAGAAGCAAACGAGCAGGGUCAUACAUGAGGAAACUAGAUAGAGACUUAAUCAAGGCUUGGCUAGUAACGCUAAGAAAACAAUGCUUCGCAAUGUGACUGAGAGCGUGCUGCUUAUAUACGUCACUGGACCGGAAGUGGGCAGAAACGGUUAAUAUUCGGGCGAUGGCUCCCUCUGGUGUUCAGGCCUCGUGACAUUAUCUCACGACAUUAUCUCUCAUAUUAGCACAACAAACCUGACCUAAACAUGAUCUACUUCCUGUCAAAGAUCUUACUGUUGGUCCGAAAGGCAUGUAAUAUAAAAACGUUCCUUUUACCAGGAGUUUCUGGCUUGCUAUGUUAGCUAGCUACAUUUACCUCACUAAUAAUAAUAAUAAUAAUAAUAAUAAUAAUAAUGGAAAGUAUCAUUAGCAAAAAAUGCAAUUAAAUAACAAUAACUUUAUAAAGAUGUUAAUAAAACUACCGCUUGUAGUAAAAAUAUAAAUUUAUAUUUGUUUGUGUUUUUUCUCUGAUCUUGCGGUUGAUCCACGCAGCGUGUAAAUGUGUGCUAUAUUUUGCCAGGUUAGCUAGCUAGCAAGUAGCAGACAGCUGGUUGUAACUUUGAUCAAAAUAUUACAAUACGAAAGGAAAAGUUUGGACAAUAAUCUGCUAUUCCUGUUUGUUCGACAAAAAAAAUCAAACCUGAGCAAACAAAUCCGCAGGGAAUUUGUUGGCCCCGCCCCCUGCAUUCUUUCCUAUCUCUUCUGCCGAUCUUCAGCUGGAGACAAAACCAGGAGCUGGAUUCUAAAGCAUGACAAAUGAUAUGACUGAUUGAAAAAGCAGUUUUAUAUAUCCAGAUGUUUGUGCAAAAGUUUUUACACCAUCACACACACACACACACACACACACUCAUAUGCAAAGUGGUGAAAUUUUGGAUUGAGGAUUUUCUAAAGAAUCCAGAAGCCAAGACCAGAGAUGGUUUUUCACAUGCACGCGGACAAGCAAACCGCAGGACUUCCACUACAUGUCCAUUUUAAGUCCACUAGUGAAACCUGAGUGUUAAUGAGGAACCUGCGAGUGUGUGUGAAGAGGAAACUGCCAUACUGCAGGUGGUGCUGUUAAAAUUUCAUGAAGAAGAAGAAGAUUGCUGCUCCUCAACAUCAGCCAUGUUGGAAUGAAUCAGCUGGGGCAACCUCUUUGAAAUGACGGGGUGUCCAAUCCCACCAGCGCCACCUACAGUACAGGAGCAGCACAGUAGGAGCUGGUGAAGGUGUCGUGGUCUCUGUGUUAUGGACCGCUGAGGUGUUAGAUGUGCUACCUAACUUUAUUUACAUGCAAAAGCUCUUCAUCAGGUACUUGAAGUAAUACCAUGACUUUUUUUUACCUCCGAGGCCGAAUUCGGUCGCAGCUGCAAUGUUUCGGUUCCUUUAAACCUGCGUGUGUUUAACAGAACCCUGGUGAAAUUCUCCAUAAAUUGCUCAGACAGUACAGUAGGCAUGUGCCGAUCCUUACUGCUCUAUUACUCUGAUACACAAAACGCAUGACGAUGUAAUUGUUGACGAUUAAAUCUCAUAGCUAGCAUGUUUUCUUGAUGUUCUAAAAUGUUUUAAGAGCCAUAUUUGUGUUCGUAUCUUGCCAAAAGUUGUUUCCAUGGUUACAUUGCGCUAGCUAGCAUGAUACAACCGGACAUCAUCUGCAUCCUCGCGCUCCGGAACUGAAGAAUGCUGCAGAGAGAUUUAUCGCUGAUGUUAAUGUAAAAAAUUUCAGCUAACGGCUGAGGUUUGUUCUGGCAUUUUAUCAUGUGUCCCGUUCCUGUUAGCUGAUUUAAACAGCUAACAGUAACCUGUGGUAAUUAAUUAGCCAUCAUCAUCCUCCUGGGGUAACUCUAGCUAGCUAGUUAUAACCUUCUGUAUUCACUGUAGCUAGCUAGCAACACCCUUCUGUGGUUAUUUUAGCCAGCUAGCUAGCAGUGUCAUCAUGUGAUAACGUCAUCUAGUUAGCAAUAAAACUUCUGUGGUAACUUCAGCUAACUAUCCAUAACCUCCUGAGGGAAUAAUAGCAAGCUAGCAAUAUUCGCCUGUGCUACCUUUUUUUUUAUUUAUUUAUUUAUUUAUUUAUUUAUUUAUUUAUUUAUUUAUUUAUUUAUUAUCUUAGGAGUGAAUGCUAACUUUAGAGUUUCUCUUGUUUAUUUUUAAAAAAGACAACUCAGCAAAAACAUUCUUCCCAGAAACACACGUCCUCUUUACAUUCCUUCUGUUCAGUGUUCAGUAGUUAGCAUUGUCUGUGUUCAAGCUGAGAAGAAGAAAAAAAACAGAGAAGAAGCGUGGAAUAGUGAGCUAGCAAGAAAUAUCCUUCUGUGAUAAAAAUCAGCUAGUAAUAAUCUCCUUUGGUAACUUCAGCUAGCUAGUAAUAACACAGUUUUAAUUUUAGCUAGCAUUAAUCUUGAGUGAUAACUUGAAGCUGCUAGCAGUAAAUGCGCUCCUGUGGCGCAUCUCAAACUCAGGAGUUUUCAUUUCCGUCUCCUCGUGCGCUCGUUUUUACUAAUUAAUUCCGACAGUAACGUGUCUCACUGGAACUGAUGUGUGUUCUGCAUAGUUUUGGUAUGAGAAACAAUUAGCAAGCGCUAGUUAGCUGUGUUUAAAAAACUAAACAGAAUUGAGGGGAGAUUUCGGCACAUGUCUACAGUACACUAGCAGCUGUAAUGAUGAUUUUAGGCCAUAUUCCGCUCUGCUGCUAUGCUAACAUGCUAACGCUCUGUGUUAAAGCCCUCACCUGUACUGUCCAUGUCACCGGGAGCGGGAGGGUUUAAUCCCACCUUUCCUGCCUUCAUAUGCACUUUUGAUUGCAGUCUGCGUUUAUUAGAAUGACAUUUCAGCUGCAAAGCUUAUUUAUUAUUAUUUUUGUUUUGUUUUAUUUUUCUUAAACCAAUUGUGCAAUAAUCAUUUCUAUUCUUGGAACUAACGCUUGCCAAAUAAGAUUAUGAAGUCUUUGAAUGUCUUUAAUUUUAUUAUUUAUUGUGCUAUGAAAACGCUGUCUGAUUCACGUCUCUGUGUAUUUGUGAAGCUCUUUAUUUUAAGCAUAACAGUUAAUAAUCUCCUGUGAGAACAGCGGCUAAUGGCUAGCUAGCGAAGUCCACAUGUUAUGACUAUAAAUAGCAAUAUCAUUCUGUGCUAACUUUAGCUAGCCAUCAUUAACAUGAACAUAACCGCCGGUAACUGUACUUAGCUAGUUAGCAGUUAUCUCCAGUGUUGAUGUUAGCUUGCUAGCAAUGUCCUCAUGUGCUAGCCAUCAUUAACCUCAUUAAGCAAAUAUCAUCAUAUCCUUAAAUGUGUUCCUUAAAAUAAUGUGUUACUCACGUCUGUGUCCCGAACGCUAGUGUUGAAGAGAAACGUUAUUAAGAAUUUAAUUUGCAGACUCAUGCUAGGAUUUUCGAGAAAAUUUCAGUAGAUCGUUUGGGAUGGUGUUUAUUAAUGCUCUGCUGUAAUGUGUGUAAAGGUUGUACAUUGUGGCUAGCUAGCUAGCCUAGCGACUCAUUCAAUUAGUUGAUUAACAUGUGUGGUUAGUGGGUGUGUCGCUAGCUGGUGAUUUACACAGGAAUGUAAUCCAGAGAGGGAACUAUAUUUAAAUAUUUAAAUACAAUUCUUUUCACAUUCUAAUUGUUCUUGAUUGCUGUGACAAAUUAAAAUUUUAAUUUUGCAAAAUUAAUCUUUAGUAUUUAAAAUAAACGAAGCAUUAUGCUAGCUACAUUCAUUGUAAUGGCGCUAAAGGUUGUACAACUCACACACCACUUAGCCAAGCAGCUAGCAAACAAAUCACACAGUGCAGCUAGCUACAUUCAGGAGAGACGGGUUCUUCAGCAUCGGACAAGAUUCCUUGGUUUGGGUUCUGUCAGUAGAACAGUAGAACCCUACAGCUGAGGGUUCCUCAGUCAAAAAGGAAAGGGUUUCUGUUCAAAGGUUCCUUUUUUCCAGGAACUUUUUCUGACAAUAGCACAAAAUUCUUUGUGAGGAUUUUAUUAUUACUAACAUCAUCCCAAAAAAUUCUUUUUAAAGAAUCAAUUUUGGGAAUUUUCUUCCUCUCUGUACAAUCUUGGCUAAUUUCUGGGCCAGAAAUAUUUAAAUAGAAUCUUUAAACCCAGCUAGAGCAGAGGAGAAGAUUUCACUUUUACUAAAGAUUCUUUAAAGUCACGUGAUGGUUACAGACCUGGAGACGUUUAUAAAACUAACAGACCGUAACUUUUACUUUUCAACUGUUACUAAGAUGACCUUUAAUAACCUUUCAGUUUAAACACUAGUGUUGUGGACACACACUCUCUCUCUCUCCCUCCCUCAUCCUCUGUUUCACUCCCUCACUCCUUCCCUCUCUCUCUCUCUCUCUCUCUCCCCCUCUCUCCCUCCCUCCCUCUCUCCCCCUCUCUCUCUCCCUCCCUCAUCCUUUGUUUCACUCCCUCACUCCUUCCCUCCUUCUCUUUCCCUCUCCCUCUCCCUCUCUCUCGCCCUCUCUUUAUCCCUCUCUCCCUCCUUCCCUCACAAGCCCCCCCCUUUUUUAUUUAGUUAUAUAUUUUUUGCUCUGUCUUUCAGUGCAGUGUCAUUAUCAAGGACAUCACUGAUUAGAUCCUGCUCUUCCUGUCUGCCGUGUCACUGUUACAUUGCAGAUUCAUGUUUAAAAGAAAAAAGGACACCGUUCUCCGUCCAGCUGUUUUUGUGCUUUUAUGGCUUGUUGUGUAUUCUGCUAAUAAUCUACUGCACAUAUACCGUAGAGUUAAGCAAUAAGUCUGCACUCAUGUCCCUGAAUGCUAAAAGCCUGUACAGAAACGAUAUAAACGUAAAAACGUGUGCACACGUGGCCUGUACAUAUAGAGGAUAUGCAUACGGAAUUAACAGUUUGCCAUUAUUUUUCAGAAAGAAAAAUAAAACAUUUUUUUUUGUACAUCAGUAAAAAAGAUUAAAUUUCAACUUUGUAUUUUG